CCCACCUCUACAUCUACAACUGGCUCCACCUACUGGCUUUUGCGCGUCCGUUCAUUUCGUCCGAUUUCUUCGUUUGAGACGAGCAGAGUGUAAUUACCAAACAAAGAAAUGCGCUUGGCGAAAAUUGAAUAAAUAAAAGCGCCCGCCGUGUGUGACAAUCACUUCGCCCCCCUUUGGCCAGUAAAGGAGCACCAGCCGCAGUAACAGCACCAGCGGAAGACGAGGAAGCAGCAGGCAGGCUGUGGCAGCGAGCGAGCGAGAGAGGACGAAUCAAAGACAGGGCUGUUCAUCAAACCAGGUGUUUACAUCCUGCCGUGUAUGUGUGUUGCGAACGCGGAUUUCCGAAUUUCCGAAUUCCCAACUCCCAACUCCCCAAUCCGAACGAGGUCCGUUGGCAAAUCGCAAGCGGAACAAUGGCCCCGGCUCUGAGCAAAUUGGCCAACAACCAGAGCGCCAUCGUCGGCGUGGCUGGCAUGACGGCGGCCCUCUGGAUAAUCGCCUACGGCAAGAUGUCCAACAAGAAGAGAAAACCCGGCUAUGAGGACAAGAUUCAGUACACAAUCGCCGAAAAGAAGGAGAAGAAGGCGUCAAAGGCCCAUGUCAACUCAGUAUUCUUCAAACAGCUGCGCCAGCUUCUCCCCAUCCUCAUCCCGGGCUUCUGGAGUAUUGAGACGGGCCUGCUGUUCCUGGUGGCCGCCGCACUGAUCGGCCGCUCCGUGAGCGACAUCUGGAUGAUCCAGAACGCCACCGUGGUGGAGAGCACCAUCAUACACAUGAACCGCACCAAGUUCAAGUCGGCGCUGCUUAAAUAUCUGACAGCUCUUCCAGCGAUCUCUGUGGUGACCAACGUCCUUAAGUGGAGUUUGGGCGAGCUGAAGCUUAGGUUCCGCACCAACCUCACACAUCACCUGUACAGUCAGUACCUAAAUGGCUACACCUACUACAAAAUGUCCAACCUGGACAACAGGAUAGCCAACGCCGAUCAGCUGCUGACAACGGACAUCGACAAGUUCUGCGAGAGCGCCACGGACCUGUACUCCAACAUCAGCAAGCCCGUGCUGGACAUCUUCAUCUACGUGUACCGCCUGACGGUGAACCUGGGCGGCAAGACGCCCUCGAUCCUGAUGCUCUACCUGCUGUUCGCCGGCGUGUUCUUGACGCGCCUGCGACGCCCCACUGGCCGCCUGACCGUCGAGGAGCAGAAACUGGAGGGCGAGUUCCGCUAUGUGAAUAGCCGGCUGAUCACCAACUCGGAGGAGGUGGCCUUCUAUCAGGGCAACAAGCGCGAGAAGCUCACGCUGCUGGCCAGCUACUCCAAGCUGCGCUCGCACCUGCGCAAGUUCCUCGAGUUCCGCGUCAGCAUGGGCAUCAUCGACAACAUCAUCGGCAAAUAUUUCGCCUCGAUUGUGGGCUUCUAUGCCGUGUCCAUUCCCUUCUUUGCCGAAAACCAUCCGCUGCUGUCCGGCGAGCACAGUGGACAGCGCCUGCAGGCCUACUACACGUACGGCCGGAUGCUGGUCAAGCUGGCGGAGGCCAUCGGCCGUUUGGUGCUGGCCGGACGCGAAAUGUCCCGCCUCGCCGGCUUCACCGCCCGCAUGACCGAGCUGAUCAAGGUGCUGGGCGACCUCAACAAGGGCACCUACGAACGCACCAUGAUCAACGGCAACAACAUCACGCAAAACGCCGGCGGCUCGGCGGCGGCAAGCAACUUUGGGCCAAACAAGGGCAUCAUGUGCUUCGAGGACAACAUCAUCCGUUUCGAACAGGUGCCGCUGGUGACGCCCAACGGUGACGUCCUGCUGCAGGAGCUAACAUUUGAAGUGAAAUCUGGCACAAACGUCCUGGUCUGCGGUCCCAACGGCUGCGGCAAGUCCUCGCUGUUCCGCAUCCUCGGCGAGCUGUGGCCCACGUGGGGCGGCAAGGUCACGAAGCCCUCGCGCGGCAAGCUCUUCUACGUACCUCAGAGGCCCUACAUGACGCUGGGAACAUUGCGCGACCAGAUCAUCUAUCCACACACGCGCGAGGACAUGCGCCGCAUGGGACAGAGCGACGAGGAUCUCAUGCACUAUUUGGAGAUCGUGCAGCUGACCUAUCUGGAGCAGCGCGAGAACGGCCUGGACGCUAUCGAGGACUGGAUCGACGUGCUGUCCGGCGGCGAGAAGCAGCGCAUCGCCAUGGCCCGGCUCUUCUAUCACCGGCCGCAGUUCGCCAUUCUGGACGAAUGCACCAGCGCCGUAUCCGUGGACGUGGAGGGCAAGAUGUAUAGUUACUGCCGCGAGGUGGGCAUCACGCUCUUCACGGUCUCGCACCGCAAGUCCCUGUGGGUUCACCACGACUACUACCUGCAGUUCGACGGCCGGGGCAGCUACGAGUUCGAGACCAUCGACCAGGAGAAGGAGCACUUCGGCUCCUAAGGUCCGCCAAACGCAUUCUUCCCUUAGCGCGAUGCCCAGCACCAGGCUUCCGCUUCGAUUCCCAGCUGUACCUCCGGUGCUGGCCACUCCCGCUCUGGCUCCUCCUGCUCUUAUCCAUGUGGUGCACUGUAUACUGUAUAUACCGAGAUCUGUAUAUAUUGCUACUUGGACAUCCCUUCCUGUUUCGUUUUGUGAUUGUUUCCUCUGUACGCUAUUCCACAUUUUAUUCCGUUUUAAUAUAACAUCCUCAGCCCUCAGCUGGGAUUUUAGUUGUGUAACUGAGAAUCGAGCUGGUGUUAGCGAUGUAAGCAAAGUAAAGUAGUCGGCGAACGGCCACAAGCGAUGUAUGAUCGAUCCGAUCGUUUAGAAAAGCUUUUAGUGAAUAAUACACUCUUACCUGUAGACCGCACAAGUCCCAAAUCACGCAUAGAGAACUUAUAGUUAUUUGUAAACUACACUUGGCUUAUUCAAUUGUUUUGUAUUUUUGGUUGAACUGGAAUUGGAAUUGGAAUGGAACCUCUUGCACCGCAACAAUGAAUUGCACUGCACUGUGCAAGAUGCAAUAAAUGUAUAUAAAUAUAAACAAAAAAAA